GACGGGAGCUGCGGGAGGACGAGGUCGGAGUGGAAGAACGGGCAUGUCCACCUUGGGCUGGUGGCGCCGCAGGGCGCCAGGAGCCCUGUGGGUGUGCUAGACCGUCCACGCGGGCUGCGCCCCGGUCGGCUCUGAGGCAGUGUGGUGAGGGGAGCUUUGCCUUUUCCAGCUUCUGCCCUUCUCAGAGACAGCCAUCAAGAGGAAGAGGGGACUAGGUGCAAAUACUAGGUGGCCAGGCCCAGGUGAGCUGAAUUCCCUUCUCACAGUGCUGUACCAUCCUUGGAGUGAACACAUUCUUCCUCAUCCUGACACUUUCCUACUGCAUAUGUGUUCCAUAUAGCCAUGCAAGUGCCAUUUGUGCUCUGAAAAUUCAGACUCCUCUGGUGAAUUCUGUGUUUGCCAGAAACUUUCUUUGGCCUCAUGCUAUCCUUUUCAGUUUCCUACUUCUAUUUCCAAUACUCAGCUGCACCUUCAGGCCUACUCUUUCUCUCUUGUCGGGUGAUUAAAGAAGUAUGAGAGAUUCAUCUGUUCAUCUAUCAAACAUGGCCCUGAGUAGGAAAGGAAGUGUUUUCCUGGAGCUCGUAGUCUAUUGGGUAAUGAAAAAUGUUGAAAAAAUAAUUGUAUCAUUCAUGUCUUUGAGAGAGAACAUUGACUAUGAACAGUUAACCUGAAAAAGGCCAUGUAGGGCCUUCCUGAGAAGGUCAUUGAGGCUAAGUCUGAGCUCUGUAGAGGGAGGAUGGUAGUCUUAAGCAGGGGGGACAGAGGCAUUCUAGAGAUAAGAGCCAAAAGUCUAGGAUACCUGGAGCAAAGGAAAGAAUUGAGUGGCAUUUGAUCAAAGUGGGGAAAAGCCAUUUGGAGCUGUGUUGUGAAAGGCCUUGCAGUGAGAGGUAAGUAUAUGGGCUUGAUAUGAAGCAUAGUGGGAAACCAUUGAGGUGUUUUAGCCAUGAAAGUAACCUGGGAAUCAGCUUUGUGUUUUAAACAUACCAUAUGGUUGUGGGGUCCAGAAGGGGGGAGUGUGGAAACAGUGGUUGCAGGGAGACCACCUCAGGUCUGGGUGAGAUAUGAUGGCUUGGUUUCAGGUCAGAGCAGGGGGGAUAAGUGAAGUGAAUGGAUUUGAGAGACGUACUAGGAGACUCAGUAGGGCUUGUACUUUCUUCCAUGGCUUGCAGAUGAGAUAUAGUGAAUCAUAUUGUGUGGGAAAGUGAGAAAAAAUAACAAAGGUUGUUCAUUCCAUCAGAAUGGACAUUCCAUGUCCAUUUGGACAUCCAUAAUGUCCAAACAUGGACAUUAUGCCCAAUCUGGGACAGGACUGUGCUAGACUUUGUGUCCUUGGAAGUGGGUAAUAUAAUCACUGGCCUGAGUGUCUACUGAAUGAGAACUCUAGUUAAAUGAACAGUAAGGAAACAUGCUUACCAACACAGGUGUCUAUGCUGAUGGUAUAUUACCAUCUGGAGAAAAGCUCACAUAUUGUUCCAGGUGGGCCCCAUGGAAUGGAUUAGUUUAUUCCUAGCCUCAGUGUAUGCUCCAAGUAUCCAAUGUCUGGUACUUAAGCCUGUGAAGACUCAGAAACCUAACUUUAGCUAAGGACUCAUCUUACAUUAGUAAGUCCACAUGAAUGAAACUCAGGAGACUUACAGAUACUCUACUGACAUAUUAGUUUACGUUGAAAAAUAGUGUGACUAAAGUACAGCGUUCCUUUAUUCUCAAUUUUGGUUCAUCAAAUUAUGGUGGGAGAUAACUACAGUAGUGACCCAAAUGCUCAGAAGUACGUAUGAUCAGCAGAUUCUCUCCCUGUAGGCAGACCUAUAUGGGAAACGAAUUAGUGAGAAGGUUGCUGGGUGAGUAUGGAAUGACAAUGAGAGGAUGUGGACAGGGUUUAAUAGCACUGACCUAUAAGGUAGCCUGGUGCCACCAUCUGGUUGCAUUGAAGCUCUUGGGAGGGUUACUAGGACAUCAGAGGCCCCCUAUCUACAGUCCCCUUCCUCCCUAAUUUUAUUCAAAUUAGGUCUGAACAGAGUAGCCCUUUCCUGUACGUGAUUAGAUGAACCGUGCUUUGUGUCCUGCCUUUUCAUGCCCUUCCUCUUUUAGGGAAAAAAAAAAAUCUGAUCAGCUAAUUACUGACAUUAAAAUACGUUUAGAUAAGUCAACCUGGCUAAGAAGACAUUCUCUUUAAAGUAGCUUUAUUCAUUUGCAACUAUUUGGGAUCUGAUCAUUAAACUGAACUCUUAGAUACUAUUUUCCUCUCUUCUGAAAUUUUUUGGGGAAACCCCACAAGAAUGGACAACAACAAGGAAAUUUUGCUGCAUUGUGGUAAGUGCUGAGCUUAUGUGAUAGAGGUAAGCCCAGGGUAAUGUGGAGAUUACCUGACAGGAGCCAUCCAAAAGACCAGAGGGUGGAGAUCGUGGCCAGUGUGGUAGGAAGAGUGGUCAUUUCCUCUUCGCUGACAUUCCCAUAUAAAAUUCAUCCCCCAGCAGCCCCUGUUGUCCAUAUGCUCCUGUUCAUGGCCGAUUGAACAAGACCAGACCCCUAAACCUAGAGCAGCGGUUCUCAAAAGUAUAGCUUCUUAAGUGCUUCUUGGAAUGCCUCUUUCAAAGAAGCACAGACCUCCUAAAUCGAAACACCUGGAAAGGCAAGUACAUAUUUCAUAAGUAUCUCAGAUGGCUUUUGGCACCAAGUUUGAGAACCACUACCCUAGAAGAAUUUGAGCCAUGGUGUGCGCUUAUAGAUUUGGAAAGCUUGGGUUGCUUAGUCUGUUGGCCCUGGGUGCUUCACCGGGAGGUGAGGUAGGACUGGGUCGGGGGCAGCAUUUACCCAUAUACAUGCUGAAGUAGAGAAUGUCGGUCUGCAGAAAGAGGCAGGAGACUGGAGCAAACGAGAAGAGAGAGGAGACCGCACACCAUGCUGUCCCUGAGAAAUGAAGAAAGUAACUGCCUCGCUUCCUGACUUUAAAGUUCUCAAUUCCAGCCCCCUCGGAUGAGGUAGGUAGAAUGAGUGAGGGGGCUGAAUCUAGGUGCACCAUGAGAGGGAUCAAAGUAAGUAAGUAUAGAUGGGCUUGGAGAAGCUCUCAUGGAGCUUCUGUCUCAACUGAUGGGAUAUGGGAAGCCCAAGGUCAAACCAGUGGGGUCCUGGGAUUCCUUGAUCUCUCCUUACAUAUCCCACUCACAUCUCCAAUCCUCUGCUCUGUGUUCUUUAAUUGAGUUCUUCCCAGUUUAGUUGAACUCUUGACCCAGUGAUCCUUUGAUUGAGGCGAAAGACACCCCCAUUCAUGCCUGAUGAAUUCCAUCUUUGUUAUGUUGUGAGACCCAUAUUUUUGUUUUCUGUUCAUGAAAUGGAAAAGUAAAGUGUUUUAAAACAUUUAAAUAGCACAAAAACCACAAAGGCAACACUUGUCUUGGCAGCAACACAGUCCUGUGGUUUUAGGUGAUCAAGUUCAUGUCUGAAAUUUACUCAGAUGCUUAUGCAUACCACAUUACCUGGUUAGAUAUCUAAUAUAUAUAAGAACAGAUAUUUGGAGCUUAAAGAAUAGUUAGAAAUCCAUAAGCUCUUCUGCCCAGGGUGGAGAGUGAGACUGGUUUCUGUCAUUUGUCUCCUCUCUUUCCCUCUUCUUGGAAUUGGUGGUCUUCUUGGCACCUGGUCCCUUUGUGUCUCUACCUUGGCUCCUGUUUGCCAAAUGUGGUCAGACCUUUUAAGAUCCUGCCCUUGACUACUACUUAACCCACUUACUACAGAGAGCAGAGGGAAAUGCAGAAUGUUCAGUAACUAGGGGCCUGUGAGGGUCCACUUCCAAGUCAGGAAAUGAAGGUGAUAGUUUGGGCAUAUGGCCAGAAUUCAGUUUGAGUUGUGAGACAGAGGGGAGGGCUUUUGUGUGGAGCGCCAUCAAGUGGUGCACAGGCUUGAGUGGAGCUGUAUACAGAUAGUAGAGGACUCCAUGGGAGCAAUGUGAGGUGGCCUGAGGGGGAGAUGAAGUGUCAGAAUAAGCAGGGGCCAUGGACUGAGGACCAUCACAACAGAGGGAAUGUUGAUAAACAGUAACAAGCAGAAAGGAAAAGGAAAGACAAAGAGGAAUUGAAUUUACUUCCAAAUUUUUUAUUCAAAAAAUUUUUGAUUGUGAACUCAGGAUAAUACUUAAACUAAAAUAUAAAAAGAAAUGGAAGUAUAUUUUAUUAUUUUUUUAUUUUCCCUGGUUUAUGAAUAGUCUCUAUACAAGUUCAUAUGGAACUUUUCUUCUGGUUUAGUUUAUAUGUACUUCCAUAUGUUUAAAUAUCUAUGUAGUUGUUUUAGCAUGUUUUUAUUUUAACACAAAUGAGAGCACAAUUCAUUAAUGUUUCAUACUGAAGCUACAAGAGUGGUUCAUAGGAUGUGAGACAAUGGUUGGGGGGAGCAUGUGAUACAUCAUCUGGAGAGCACAUAGAAUAGGUCCACCACAUUUUCAGUCUCCCAUUUACGUGUGUGUGUGUUUCUUUGUGUUUUUACAUGUACUAUUUUGUGGCUGUUUAACAGUGUCUACGAGAAUUUCCAUAUAAAUACAUUUUAAUCUAUAGCUUUGCUUUCUGAAAAAACACGUUACAUUUCUUUGUGUGGACAUUUUCAUUUUUUCGCGUACAUAUAUGAGCCAUGUGUGCUGUACAAUUUUAUAGCCUAUUAUUUUAAAUUAAUGUUUCCAAAGCUUUUUUAUAUUAAUGGUUUCCAUGAAGUUUAAAUAAACCAGCGUGUCUAUAGAAUGGAAUACUAUGUGGCCUUCAGAAAGAAUGAUGUAGAUCUCUAUGUGCUAGUAUAGAAGGAUUAACCAUCAUAGAUUACUAGGUUUUAAAAUGCACACACAAGGGGGUACCUGGUUGGCUCAGUGGGUAGAACAUGUGACUCUUGAUCUUAGGGUUAUCGUUUGAGCCCCACGUUGGGUGCAAAAUUUAUUUAAAAAAAUAAAAGUAGAUAUAAAAUGCACAUUUAAUGCAGAACUCCUAAUGUGAUCUCAUUUGGGUAAAAAUGAGAUGCUACUCUAUAUGGAUGUUAAAAGGUUUAGUAUAGCUGCAAAUUUGAUCAAUGGAUGUGGCUUAUAAUUUCUACAUUAAAUACCCUGUCAUUGAACAAACAUUGUACUAUCUUUUAUGUUUCUAAUCAGAACGUAAAGUUAUAAAACUUUUGGAAAACAUGACUACAUAACAUUCAUUAGAGAUUUUAUCUGUUUUCAUUCCUUCCUAUUUGAUGAAAAUUUUGGAGGAAUGCUGUGUUUUUAGUGCACUCAUUUAUUUUGAUGUGAAUAAAGUGUGUUUGUUUUGACCUUAGUGGCCUUAGGCUUCCAUGAUGGAAUACUGGUGCUGAAAUACAGAAUUUCUUGUCAGGAGGCCAACACUGGUUUUAUUAUUCUUUCCUAAUGUUAAAGGCUAUCUCCAACCAUCUUAGAAAUGCAUACUUGAAUAACUGGUCAGAAAUUAAAGUGUUGGCCAUCUCCUCUUGUUACUUUUAUUAAAAUUACCUUACUGCUUAGUCCUCGGAAAGUUCAUAGUUUGUAUUUGAAGUUAAUGCUUUUCUUGACUGAAAAAACUUUAUUAUAAAUUAAAUCCCACAUGUGUAUAUACUUCCAGGCAAGUCAGUUUGGGGACCGUAUUAGCCCUGCUAGUAUAUUUGUCCUAUAGUCUAUUGUGUUAGAAGAAGACUUUGUUAUCAUAUGUUUGGGUCAUUUUACAGACAACCCCCUGCUCCCAUCAUACACACAUACCUUCUUCAAAAUUCUCCUGAUAUAUUUGUACAUAUAUUUAUCUAGAGGAACUGGAUUCUCAAUUUGUCAAAGCUCCCAACCCUGUUACGGAAUUUCAGUUUAUGUUCAAGAAAGGAUUAACAAUAAUUUCCUCAUUCCCAUCCUAAAACAUAUAUUUUUAUUUAUUUAGGACUUGUUUUAUGUUCUAUAAAUUUUUAAAAUUUUUGUUUGGAGUUGCAAAUAUUUUGUUGAAUUUAUUUAUGGGAAUUUAUUUAUUUUGUUAUUAAUGGGAUUCUUUUCUUGUAUUUAUUGACCGGGUUUUUCAGCUCAAAAUGCUUUUUUCACAUGAUGCCUUUCAUUUCUUUUUCUCAGUUGUGUUUGGUAGGUUUUCUCCAGGCUAGUGUUGAAUGAUGGUUGUGGAGGACCACCCUUCCGUGUUCCCACCUUUAGUUGGAAUACUUUUUAGUGUUCAGUCUGCUUGCAUUUAUUUGAGAUCUUUAUUCUUAAAUGGUCUCCUAGUUUUUAGCCUUUGCUAGGAAUAUAUAAGAAGCUAUUGAAGUUAGCAAAUGCUUUUUAACAUGUAACAGUGUUCACAGGAUCCCCUUUUCCCCCUUUAAUUGAUCAUUUAGAAUAGUCCACUAGAAUUGGGGUAUCUUCCUUGUGUUCCUAGUAUAGGCUUUUAUGAUCAUGGGCUAUUAAGGCUUUUCUAGGUUGGAUUUAUUAAACGUUUUUGCAUUUAAGUACAAAUAUGUUUAUUGGACCCCUCUGUGUUCCAGUCCUGUGAAGAUAAAAUAUGAUGAUGGAAAAUGGCCUUCCUUGCCCUCAAGGACUUUGGGGAUAAGUAUGGGAACUCUCAUUUCUACUGGGUUCCUGUAUCUUCAAGCACAUCUCUCAUAAUGUGUGUAAAUUGUUACUGUUGGCCUUUCUGGGCUGUCCUUAGAGGGGUUCCCCCUUAGCUUCAACAUCUUAUGUGAUCGUAUCAGGCAAACCUUUAGCCAGCUCCUUUUUAAUGCUUUUGUAUCAGCCACAUCCAAACCUGUAUCUUCUGUUUUCUUCAACGGUAGACAUGGCUGUUGCCAUGGAGGCAGAAGCUGGACUGGGGAAGUGGGGGCGAAGUGGGUAGAGCAGUUACGCUUUUGAUUGGCCAGAGGCACUGUCACAGGAUGAGUUCACCUGGGAUCUCGGUCUUCCUGAGUGUAAGGUGAGUAUAUAGCCGUAGCAGGUACUAACUCAGAAUAUUUGAGUUGCCACUUUUAGUUGCCCACUUUUAGUUGCCCUUUGAGUUGCAAAGGCAGCUCUGGAGGUCAGAGUUGAGUCAGAGGUAAGGGUUGGAUCACUCAACCAAAGAGCACCUCACUUUGUCUCACAGGGCUCACCUGCUAUCAGGUACCCCUGUAGGAGGAUGUCAACCAGUAGUUCCUCUUCCUGAGUUUGACUCUUGAUGACUGAUAGGACUGCAGUUAUACAGUAGCACAUUGACAACAUAACACUUCUCUGACAUGCGCUUGUCCCUUUCCAUGGCUCCAUGUGUAAAAUGUCACCUGCCAUCAUUUACUGGGGUAGCUUUUUUGUGCUGCCAGUGUUACCUUUUAUAAACUGGAAGUUAGAUAUACAUAUAAGGACUUAAUUGUGGAGGGCAGCUGACUUUUUAGCUUUUUUCCCCUUACUAAUAUUUUAUCUACUUGACCUUAACUAGAGACUUGCUAGUUCAAAAAGAAUGGGCAUUUUUUUUCUUUUCUUUUUUAAAGAUUUAUUUAUUUAUUCAUAAGAGGCAGAGAGAGAGAGGCAGAGACACAGGCCGAGGGAGAAGCAGGCUCCAUGCUGGGAGCCGUAUGUGGGACUUGAUGCCUGGUCUCCAGGAUCACGCCCUGGACUGAAGGUGGCGCUAAACCACUGGGCCACCAGGGCUGCCCAAGAAUGGGCAUUUUUAAUGUUUUUAAACCAUUAUGCUGAAACAGCAUCUGGAAACAUGGUUCAUGUCUGCAUCAGGCAGCUUCUCACCAAUGUCAGUUUUUCUUUUUGAUUUUUAUUUUUGAAAUACUUGCCCAAGUGGUAAGCCAAAAAAAAUAUUCACUGUAAUAUUUUACAUAUCUUUGACUUCUGGUGUAACUGUGUUGGAUCUUACCAUUGAUUUUAGGAACUGUGUUUUUUUUUUUUUAUGUUGAGACACUUACCUUUCUGUUGCUCUUUCUAAGAGCUUUUCACAUUUUGAAUAUUAACUAUCACCUAUGUUGCAAAAUAUUUUUCCUCCUCCUUGUCUGGUUUGUUCUGGUUGUUUUUUAUAGUACAGAAAAUUUUUAUUUUCAUGUCUGCUGUUGGAAUUCUGCUUGAGCAUUCUCCCUGUCCCUGUUCUUUGCUGUUGCAAGUAAAUGAUGCCUCUGUGAACAUAUUUGAGAAUUGUAUCUUUGUGCAUGUGGGCAGAUAGGUCUGUCAGUUAGGUUUCAGAGGGAGAAUCAUUAGGAUAGGGGAUGGCAUAAUAAUUGCUGGAGACCUGAAGAGUAUAUUCAACUUAUAGCUGCAAUUUCUACAUGUCAUAUCUGGGUUUCAGAAGUUCCAAAGUUGGUUCUUUGGGGUUUUCUAAAUUGCCUGCCAUCUGGUUUAUGGUGUGACCUUGGACUCCAGUAGGGUGGGAUGGGCAGGGAAGGGAGGAGACCCCCCCCCCAGCAUUAAGAUGUCAGUGUUACAUGCAUCUAUUCAAUGGGCAGCACAGUCUCUAAGGCCUCUACUAGUUCUUUUGUUUCUUGUUUUGUUUUUAACUUUGGAUUUAUUUUUUUGACUAGGUAAUACAUGCUCAUGGUAAAAAAAAAUAAAAUAAAAACAAAAAAAAAGGAGAAUAUACAGUGAAAAAGUCCCUGGCAUUUUGACUCUGUUCCUGUGGAUAGCUGCUUGUUCUGAAGUUCCAGAAAGGAUCUUAAUUCCCAAACAGGUCCCUGAGUACUGACUGUCACAGGCUGCCGCGUCUUUCCUGUUGACUCAUGUUUGGUUCCUCCAGUGAAAAUUUUACUUAGAAAAAUGCUGCCUCCAAAGUACUUGUCUGCCACCAAACCCAAGAAGUCUUGGGUUCCAGAUGUGUAUGAGCUAGACAGUGACUUGACUAAGGAGCCGGAUGCCACCAUAAGAGAAGGUGCAACUGACCCUGAAUUCUUUCAUCAGAGGUUUCGGAAUUUCCUCUACGUGGAAUUUGUUGGGCCUCGGAAGACGCUGUUCAAACUCAGAAACCUCUGCCUCGAUUGGUUGCAGCCGGAGACUCGCACUAAGGAGGAGAUUAUUGAGCUCUUGGUCCUUGAGCAAUACCUGACCAUCCUUCCAGAAAAGAUCAAGCCUUGGGUGCGGGCAAAAAAGCCAGAGAACUGUGAGAAGCUAGUUACUCUGCUGGAAAAUUACAAGGGGAUGUAUGAGCCAGGAGACGACAACAACAGUGACAUCCACAGUGAAGACAGCAUGAGCCGAAAGGGAGCAGAGUCCCCACCACCACGCUCCACCUCUUCUUUCUGCAGUGACCGGGACCGGGAAUGGGACCAGGACUGGGACCGAGAUCGGAAACGGGACUGGGAGCUAGACUGGGACCGGGAGAGGGAGCGGAGAGGCAGAAGCAGAGACCUGGAGUCUCGAGACCGCUGGCCAUAUACCAGGAAUCCCAGAAGCAGACUUCCUCAACGGGAUCUUUCCCUUCCUCUGAUGGAGAAAACAAGUUUUGCGAUGGAAAGAGAGCGCAAACGUAGGGACUCUGUGAUGGAUUAUGAGUCAAGAUCCCAGGAUGCAGUGUCAUACCAGGACGUUGUGAACCUGACUGAGGACAGGAAGCCUCAGAACCCGAUUCAGGACAACAUGGAGAACUAUAGGAAGCUGCUCUCUCUUGGGGUUCAGCUUGCCGAGGACGAUGGCCACUCGCACAUGACACAAGGCCAUUCAUCGAGAUCAAAAAGAGGCACCUACCCGAGCACCAGUCGAGGGCUGAAAACCACACCUGAAACCAAAAAGUUGGCCCAUCGGCGGGGGAUUUGUGAAGAUGAAUCUUCGCACGGGGUGAUAAUGGAAAAAUUCAUCAAGGAUGUUUCACGUAACUCCAAAUCGGGAAGGGCCAGAGAAUCUAAUGAUCGGUCACAGAGGUUCCCCAGAAGGCCAGAAAAUGACUGGAAAGGAGUUUCAUUCAACAAGAGAGAGUCAGUGAUUCAGGAGAGGGGCUAUGAAGGGAAUGCCUUUGGGGGAGGCUUUAAUAUGAAUUCGAGUCUUGUUUCCAAAAAGAGAGUUCUUGAAAGGAAGAGGCGCUAUCAGUUUGACACAGAUGGGAAGGGUUCAGUUCAUGAGCAGAAAGGCUAUGCACGGAAGAGACCUUUUGAAUGUAGUGAAAUGAGAAAAGCCAUGAGUAUGAGCAGCCUUAGUGCACCUUCCUUCACUGAGUCGCACCCAUUUGAUUUUGGGGCAAUGCCCUAUGUGUGUGAUGAGUGUGGGAGGUCUUUCAGUGUGAUUUCAGAAUUUGUCGAACAUCAGAUCAUGCAUACUAGAGAGAACCUCUAUGAGUACGGUGAAUCGUUUAUUCAUAGUGUGGCUGUCAGUGAGGUUCAGAAAAGUCAGGCUGGGGGGAAACGCUUUGAAUGUAAGGAGUGUGGGGAAACCUUCAGUAAGAGUACCGCUCUUGCUGAACAUCGGAAAAUUCAUGCUAGAGAGCAUCUUGCAGAAUGUAAUGAUGAGGAGUAUGAGGAGCCCUUCAUGCCUAGCCCAACCUUUAGUGAGCUUCAGAAAAUAUAUGGAAAAGAUAAAUUCUAUGAAUGUAAGGUGUGUAAGGAAACCUUCCUUCAUAGUUCUGCCCUGAUUGACCACCAGAAAACACAUGGUAGAGCUGACAAAGAUAAUGAGUGUGGGGAAGCCUUUAAACCCAGCCUUAAUGAGCUUCAGAAAAUGUAUGGCAAAGAGAAAAUGUAUGAAUGUAAGGUGUGCGGGGAGACCUUCCAUCACAGCUCAUCCCUGAAAGAACAUCAGAAGAUCCAUACUAGAGGGAACCUAUUUGAAAAUAAAGGUAAAGUGUGCGAGGAGACCUUUAUUCCUGGUCAGUCCCUUAAAAGGCAUCAGAAAUCUUACUCAAAAGAGAAGCUCUAUGAUUUUAAGGAUGGUGGGGGUGCCUUUCGGCAAAACUCAGACCUCAGUGAGCAUCAGAAAAUUCAUUCUCGAAAGAACCUAUAUGAAGGCAGGGGGUACGAGAAGUCUGUCAUUCAUAGCGUGCCAUUCACUGAAUCUCAGAAGAGUCAUACCAUAACAAGACCACCGGAAAAUGAGGAGGAUGAGAAGGCGUUCACCAUUAGCUCUAACCCUGAUGACAAUCAGAAGAUUCCCACUAAAGAAAAUGCCUGUGAGAGGAAACCAUACGAGAGGUCUGUUAUUCAUAGCUUAGCCUUUGCUAAAGCUCAGAAAAGUUGUCACAGUGCAGUGGGGCCCAGUAAACCACAAGUGAUUGCAGAAUCUGCCACUCAGACCUCAGGUGUUACUGAACAUCAGAAAGUCCAUGCUGGAGAGAAUUCUGAAGGAAAGAAAUAUGAGAGAUCUGUUAUCCAUACCUUAGCUGCUUUCAAACCUCCCAAAAAUUGCAGUGGAAACGAAGUCGUUCAAUGUGAUGAGAAGGGAGAAUCCUCCACUUACCUCUCAAAUCUCUGUGAUAAGCAACAGAAAACUCCUGCCAGAGAGACCCCUUAUGAAGGGGCUAAGAGUAACAACCACAAGGACUCUGUCAUACAAAGCGUAUCCCGUAUCGAACCUCAGAAAAGUCUUCCCAGUCAGGGGUCCAGUGAAUCCUCUAUUCCCAGCUCAAAUGUCCGAGAACAUCAGAAGGCUCGUGCUAAGAAAAAAAACAUCGAGCAUAGGAACUAUGAGACCUCUGUAAUUCACUCCCUACGUUUUGGUGAACCUCAAACAUUUCGCCCUAGAGAGAAAUUCUAUGAAUGUCCAGAGUGUGGAGAAUCCUUUGUUCGUAUCUCCGACCUCACUGAGCAUCAGAAGAUUCACGAUAGAAAGAAGCCCUCUGGAAGCAAAAACUAUGAACGAUCUGUAAUUCGCAGCUUAGCCUCUACUGAUCCUCAAACAAGUUACGCUGAACAGCAAGCACAGACAAGUUAUGCUGAACACUCCAACUCAAGGCAGAUGAGGUACCCCGAACAACCAGCACAAACAAGUUACACUAAGCAACCAGCACAGGCCAGUUACACUAAACAGCCAGCACAGGCCAGUUAUGCCAAACAACCAGCACAGGCAAGUUACAGUGCACACCCAGUGCAGUUGAGUUACUCUGAACACCCAGUGCGGAUGAGUUAUACUGAACAAUCAGCACGGAUGAGUUACGCACAGCAGCCAGCACAGAUGAGUUACACUGAAGAGCAAGCACAGACAAGUUUUGCUGAACAGCAAGUGCACAACAAAUGUAAGGAGUGUGGGGAAUGCUUUGCCACCAUUGAAGAGCUUGGUGCACAUCAGAAAAUCUAUGCCCGAGAGGAAUUUCAUGGUCGGAAGCUCUUUGGAAACUCUGUUAUUCAGGGCGUAGGCCUUGAUGGGCCUCGGCUGGUAGAGUCUCAGCCUGAAGAGCCUCGGCAAGAAGAGCCAGAUGAACAGGAUGAGCCAGAUGAGCAAGAUGAGCCUGAAGACACAAUCUAUGGAUGUAAGGACUGUGGGCUAGGCUUUGCACAUCGCGCAGACCUUAAGGAUCAUCAGAAGGUACAUGGCAGAGAGUACCUCAUUGAUAGUCGUGAGUACACACAUUCUGUGAUCCAUACCCAUUCUGUCAGUGAAUAUCAGAAAGAUUAUAUCGGAGAGCAGCUCUAUGAAUGCCCUGCAUGUGGGGAAUCUUUUGUUCACAGCUCAUUCCUUUUUGAGCAUCAGAAAAUCCAUGAGCAAGAUCAAUUUUAUGGCCAUAGAAGGUAUGAUGAGCCUUUUGUGCAACCCUUGGUCAUUAACCCACGGAGGCCUCGUGCCCCACAGAAGAAUCCUCCUGCAGGAACAUCUCUUCAAUGCCAUGUGUGUGGACAAGACUUCAUUCAUGGCUCUGUCCUUAGUGAACAUAUGAGAAUUCAUACUGGAGAGGAUUUACCAGAGCAGGGCCAGAGAAGUGAAGAUGCAGUCAGUCCAGGCCUAGCCCUCACUGAAUUUCAGAGAAGCCAAACCGAAGAGAAACACUAUGAGUGUAAAACAUGUGGAGAAUCUUUCCUCAAUCAGGCAGACCUUAGGGAGCACAUGAGAAUUCAUGAGAAGGAUGAGCCGUAUGAUUAUGGGGCCUCCUUUGUUCAUACUUCAUUUCUUACUGAGCCUCCCAAAAGAGAUUCACCAUUUUAUGAAUGCAAGGACUGUGGGAAGUCCUUUAUUCAUAACACAGUUCUCAAUAAACAUCAGAAGCUUCAUCUUGAAGAAGAGGAAGAAGAAGGAGCCCAAGAGGUGGAAGCCAAUGUCCUUGUUCCACGAGAAGUUUUACGAAUCCAGGGAUCAAAUGUAGAAGCCGCUGAGCCAGAGGUAGAGGCUGCUGAACCAGAAGUGGAGGCUGCUGAGCCUAAUGUGGAGGCUGCUGAGCCCAAUGGAGAGGCUGAAGGGCCAGAUGGGGAGGCUGCGGAGCCAAAUGGAGAGGCCGAACAGCCCAACGGAGAGGCUGAACAGCCCAAUGGAGAUGCUGAUGAACCAGAUGGUGCAGGGAUCGAAGACCCAGAAGAAAGAGCUGAGGAGCCAGAGGGAAAGGCUGAAGAGCCAGAGGGAGAUGCUGAUGAGCCAGAUGGGGCAGGGAUCGAUGACCCAGAAGAAGAAGGUGAAGAUCAAGAGAUUCAGGUUGAAGAACCGUACUAUGACUGUAGGGAAUGUGGAGAAACCUUCACUUCCAACUCAGCGUAUGGUGAGCACCUGAAAACCCAUGCCAGGGUGAUAAUAUUUGAGCCUGGAAAUGUCUACGGGGAAAGCUCACGCUACACUGAACAUGCCAGCACCAGCACUAGUGACAAUGAUAGGGCAGAUGACAAGUACUUCAAAUGUGAUGUCUGUGGGCAGCUUUUCAGUGAUCGCCUGUCCCUUGCUAGACACCAGAAUACUCAUACUGGCUGAGAACACAAGUAUAAAGGUUAGAAAACUUACAUUUAGAACUUGACCCUUACUAAACCAGAUACUUCAAACCAAUCCAUAAUAACGUCAGAAGGAAACUUAUCUUGGCGUAUACACACCUGACUUUUAACAUCAGAAAACUCAGACUAGAAAGAGACCAAAGGUGGAAACUCCCUUGGUCUUAGCUCUCUCCCAUCAAACAUUGGUGUAGGCAUAUGGGAAAGCUAUAGCACCUACUUUUCAUCUGAGUAAUCAUAUUGAGGGAAAACCUUAGAAGCUUUCAAGAUUACAGAAAUUGCCCCAGUCAACUGUAAAUGACACUUCUGUAACCUAUAUAUAAUGCUCCCUGCAAUGUAUAUAAAAUAGCAUAUCAUAGCAAAACAGUAGUCACAUAUAUUUGGAUUUAUUAUGAUAUACAGUUACAGUUUACUGUGCAGAGUACCUUACCUGGUACUCUGAAUUUUUUUUUUUUUUGGAGGAGGAAGAGAGCAACAAAUUAGAAUAUAUUUCUAAGUAUCUUAGAUUCUGAGAAAGACUUAUUGUACAUUAUUUGAACCCCAUCAGUAUUGUUUUGAGUAAUUGUGUUGUUCCUUACCCUUAAGUAUUCCUGUAAAAGUGUAAGCAUGAAAGGUUAAAGUGUCUUUUAUUCUUUGCUGUUUGAAAAGAGAAGUACUUGGAACUUCCUCUUCAACCAUUUUGUCUACACCAACCCUUUGGAACCUUAUGCUUUGGAACCUAAUGCUGUGUAAGCUUUUACAAUAUGUGGAUUGGCCUUUUGUGACCCAAAGUGGUUGGUUGCCACAUUGUACCUUGCAGUGAUUGUCAUGCAAAAAUAUUACAAGUUUGUUUUUUUUAAACCAACUUGAUGUGUGUUUGAUAGCAAAUUUACAAAAGCUGAAACUUUUCCCUGUAAAUGUUAUGCUUCUUGCCUUUAAAAAGUGGAUUGCAACCAUCACUAGAUCACAGUAGUGCCUACUGAUGAUUGAGAACAAGAGGGAGAGGCUUUUAUGUUGUAAAUAAGGAUGCAGGCUUACAACUUCCAUCACUUCCUUUGUGCGCUUCCUGCCUUAAGAGACAAGUAGCAGUGUGGCUUCAUUAGUAUUAUACUGCCACAAAUCAUUUUGCACCUUGGGUGCCCAGGAGCUAGUAUCCUUAGAGCUUUCUAUUGCUUAAUUAUUGUCUUCAUCUGUCUGACCCUCCACCCCGUGUCUAACUUCCAUUUUAAGAAUUUAAAAAAAAAAAAAAACUUUCUUUACAGUCAACUUAACAUGGACUCAGGUUCCCCAGCAGCCUUAAUUUGUUUACUUACCAUCUGUUCCUCCCUCUUUCAACCCUUCUAAGUAUUUCCGAGCUACCCAUUAGUGUCAUGUUUGUGUGAUAACCUCAGUUUUCCACUUAAUCACAAAUCGACCUCAUAGCUUGAGGUUUCCUGUUCUGUGGACCACUUGUGUUCCUUUUCUUCCCCUCCCCUUGCAUAAUGACUAUUAAAUUUUUUGGCUUUGAGUUGGCUGGAAAAAAAAUUUUUAAAUGUAAGUGGAUCUAUAGAUUAAGUGAGCAAAAGAUAACAGCAGAUAAUUUGAGCAAGCAAAAUUAUUAAUUCCCACAUUGCUGGAGGAAUGUGUCUAAAUCUCACUCUCCUAGAUCCACAAUGGUUGGGGCUUGGGAAGUGUAUGUCAGAGCUGCAGGGAAUGCCAAAGUCCAGGGAGGUUGUGUUGAAAGCAUGAAGCAGAGAUGGGAAAGCCAAAGGGAGUCCUAAUACAUCACCAGAUCUAGGAGGGUAAGGAAGCAGACAGAAGGAAACAUGGAAAGCAGGGCUUUAGAAGGCCAGGUUAGUGGGAAUGAACUGAGCAGGAUCCCCUGGGCAGUUAAGAAGGGGCCUUUUCAGUGUAGGUAAGAGCCAGCUGCAUACAAAGACCUGAGGUCGGAAUAGACAUCCAAGGAGCAUUGAGGCCCCACAUCACAGGAGGACCCUUUAGAAGGGAACCAGCAUUGGUAUUAUUGGGGCGAAUUUGGGUUUAUCACUGUUGGCAGUAUUAAACAACUUGCUUAAUGUCAGGGUGUCCAUUCCAACCUUAUAUUAGUGAAAAAUUAGGAACAACAUAAAUGCCAAACAGCAGAAUGAUUACAUGAAGGUAUCCAUGGGCUGUUAUGCAGCUGUUUAAAAAUGAUAAUCAUGAAGAGUUAUGUAGCAACGUGGAAAUAUAUUUACAGAAUAUUGAGUGGAAAAAGCAGGACACAGAAUUAUAUUUAUACUACAAUUAUAACUGAUUAAAAAUGUAUGCUUAUAGUCAAAAGCUGUUGUGUUGUUGUUGUAGGCUUAUAGUUGAGCAUUAUUUUCUUAAAUUCUUUGUUCUUUAUGGUAGUGUUACUAAAAGGUUUAUAAUCAUGUUUCCAUUGUGAACAUAAUUUGAACUCAUUAUCAGACACUUGGAAAAUACAGAAAAGUGGAGGAAAAAAUCCAUAUUCCAACCAUCCAAAGACAAAUACACUCUUCAACAUCUUGUUUAUUCUUGUUUCUGUGCACAGGUUUAUAAUUAUAACUGUGUCAAAAUGUGUAUUCAAAAUAGCUAUUACGUUAUCUUUGUGGAAUUAUGGUUAAAUACUUUCAUCUUAAUGUUUUCAAAUGUUCCUUAUAAUAGUGUUCUGAUAACAAAGUUUAUUAUGUUUGUUUCCAUUACAAGCAUAAUACAUACCGAGAGGAAAAAUUGGAAAAUGCAGUAAAUUAGAAAAGAAAAAAGUCACCCAUAUACCCAACACCCAACAACUACUGUUAACAUCUUGAUCUAUUUCCUCCAUCUUGUUUUAGUGCACAAGCUUGUGAUUAUACUGGUAUUAAAUAUGUAUGCAUAAAGUCUAAAAAAUAUGGAAAAUAAUUAAAAUAGUGUUGUCAUUGUGGGAUUAUGGUUAAAUAUAUUGUCUCAAAUUCCUUGAAUGACCUUUGGUGUUUUGGUAUUAAAUCUUAUGUAUGUAUUUCUCCAUCACAAAUGUAAUACAUACUCAUAGCAAACUGGAAAAUUCAGUAAACUAGAAGAAAAGAAGAAAUUCAUCCAUAUUCCCAACACCCAGCAACAGUUGCUGUUAACAUCUUGAUUUGUGCACCAGUCUAUAAUAAUUAGGAUGUUAAUGAGAGUAUACAUAGAGUUUAAAGAUGGGAAGAAAUAUGGAAAACAGUUAAAUAGUUGGGUGGUUGUUGUGGGAUUAUGGUUAAAUAUUUUGUGUUGGUUUCCUCAACUGGUCUUUAUCAUAGUGUUUUGGUAAUCUACCUUUAUUACAUAUAUUUCCAUUAUAAACACUGUAUGUAUUCAUUAUAGAAACUUUGAAGUUGCAGAAAUGUAGAAGAGAAACUCACCCAUAUUUUCACCAUCCAAAGACUGUGGUUAACAUCUUGAUAUAUUUUCUUCAUCUUGUUUCUGUGCACAGGUUUUUGGUUUGUUAAUAUGGUUGUGGCUGUUCUAUCUAUCUGUAAUAGUGUCGACAAUAAAAAUAAAGUUAAAAAUAA